UGACAGUUGACGGACGCGCAUUACAUUACAUUUACAUAUUCUGUGUUUGAAGGAAGCCCCGUAGGACACGCACCAAGGAAGUUGAUCAAAGUGUUCAAGCCAAAAUGAUCACGAACAACUGUAGAAAAACUUUCUUCUUGGUGACUUUGUUGACUGGCUUUGCAGCAGCUACUACAAUUUAUCGUAGUCAAGAGGUUAUCAUCGACGAUGCUGAUCACUCUCUUCGUAACGUCGAGGACACCCACUUCCCGGUGGAUAGAAGUCCAGCAAACGGUUGCUCUUGCCAGAACAACGUCUGCAGCUGCUGUGCCAAUAUUUAUAUCCCCUACAUCUUGGACAAAACAGUGUGCGUCAACAUCAGCUACGUCUCAGCAGACCUGGGCUUAAGACUUGACGUCAGCAUUGAUGGGAAAGUUUAUUACUCGAAGGAAGUUUCAGUAAAGAAUCCUCCGCCCAUUUGCUUCCAAGUUCCCGUUCUCAAAAGUCUUGCGUCGAUAUGCUUGGAGUUUUACAAUCUCUCAUGGCGUGAGCACGUUGGUGGGUGCUUGAGACUCAAGUUCAAAAUGCUGUUUGUUUUUGGGAAGUCUUUUAAAAUCGGUUGCUUCCACUUUAACAAUCUUGAUGCCGAAUCCAAGGCUGGCGUAGCAGCUAUCUUGCGCGAUCUUCACAGAUUACAGCAGUCAAGAAGAUCUGGCACCCCAGAUUUGGAUUACAUCAGAUUUGCAUAACAUAAACUGAAUCGUUCCUUGUGAGAACUUAUUAGUUUUAGAUCCCUAUAGCUUUUUCUAUCUAAAUAUCUAUAUCUUAUAUUUCACAGA